AAUGGAUCGUCCACAAGGAAAAUCAACUACCUCAAUUAAUCUACUCCAUAUUUUCUGCCUUAUAAUCAUAUUUUUAACCCUUAAACAAAUUAAUUUGAAUGCUGUCAAUCCGGCUAUUCUGGAAUUCUUAUCCAUUCUUUCACUAACAGCCAAAUCCUUUACAAUCCUCCUAUGCCUACUAUCUUUCUCGAUUUACUCAUUUUAUGAAGUAUACUGGAAAAGACGCUUCCUGCCUCCAGGUCCUGUCCCCUGGCUGGUUGCUGGAAAUAUGCCUCAGGGUGGGGGAUUUUCUAAAUAUUUCAAAAAUUUUUUAGUUCUUUUACACGGUGCAUCUAACAUAGACUUAUUAUUACAAAAAUGGAACAAAUAUUAUGGUGGAAUUUUUACUUUUUGGAUGGGACCUAUUCCUGUAGGUGUUUUUGUAAUAUUUUCUCUCCAGUCUACUUUAUACAAGUUCGAAAGGGGCUGUUCGCCUGAGCUUACUUCCUAG